UAUCCGGCUUGAUAAAUGAUAAGUGAUUUGUAUAUUUUAUUCGAAAAUCAGAAUUUACUAUUUCGUUUAAUCUUAAAGUGUUUAAUUCAUUGUAUAUUAAUUAUUAGUAUAUAAUAGGUAUAAAUUCCUGAUCCUGAGUCAAGAAGAUGGCGAAGCAUCAUCCAGACUUGAUAUUUUGUCGUAAACAACCUGGUGUUGGUAAGUAUAGUAUACUUGUAAAUAAUAUAUAAACAAUUAUGCCGUGGAUUUUUUAUUAUUUUUUUUUUUUUGAGAUUAAAGUAGACACAUACAUAUCCUGUAUUAAUACCUAAUUUAAAAAAAAAAUGUAUUGAACUUUUAUAUCAAUCGCAAAAUUGUGUGUGAAUUAACACUAUCAGGUUUAGUUCAAAAAUAAUAAAAUACAAUAUUAAUGUUUCUCAUAGAAACACAUGGAAAGAUAUUUUUCUUUUGAAAAUCAUAUUACCCAUAUUCCUUCUACUAACAACUAUGAAAUAGGUACUACAGCAAAAUAUACAUUUUUAUGCCUUUGUGAUAAUUUUGCUGUAAAACUGUCAAAUGAUCGAGUUAGUGUAAAUUAAGUUAAUGUAAAUUUUAUUUGGUUAUUUUGAAAUUUUAUUAUUUUUAUAGCUAUUGGACGAUUAUGUGAAAAAUGCGAUGGUAAAUGUGUAAUUUGCGACUCUUAUGUCAGACCAUGUACGUUAGUACGUAUUUGUGACGAGUGCAAUUAUGGUUCAUAUCAGGGUCGUUGUGUAAUUUGUGGUGGACCUGGUGUAUCAGAUGCUUAUUACUGCAAAGAAUGUACAGUUCAAGAAAAAGAUGUAAGUUCUAUAGAUAAAUUUAUGUAUCUAUAUAUAUGUAUAUAUGAUUCAUUAUUUAAUUGACAUAUAUGAAUAUAUGGUAUUUGAUUACAGAGAGAUGGAUGCCCAAAGAUUGUAAAUUUGGGAAGUUCAAAAACAGAUCUAUUUUACGAACGAAAAAAAUAUGGUUUCAAAAGGCGGUAGCUCUAAUUUAUAUUUUGAUUUUUGUCCAUAUUUAACAUAACAAAAUUAAAAUAAAAUAAAAUAUGUGCUCUUUAAAUAAUUAAAAUAUUUAUUGUAAACCUUUUUUC